AAUAGUCAUAAUUCAGAAAGUACUAGAUUUACAACAGAAAAGAGUUCAAAAAUAAUAACCAUACCAGAUAAUAAUGAUGAUUACAAUAAUUACAAUCAUGAUAAUUAUAAUAAUGAUAAUUACAAUCUUGAUAAUUACGAUUACAAUAAUUACAAUUACGAUAAUUAUGAUAAUGAUAAUUAUGAUCUUGAUAAUUAUAAUCAUAAUAAUUAUAUCAAUGAUAAUUACAAUCAGGAUAACUAUGAUUAUAAUUAUAAUAAUUACGAUCAUAAUAAUCAAGAAAUUAUUGAAAUUAGUAAUACAGAAUCAAAUAAACGUUUUACCUAUCAAGAAAAAGAAAAAUGGCAAGAAGAAAUUGUUAA